AUCUCUCACAUUUUCCCCUUCCUUCCAGCACAACCCAUGAUACCCGGCUUCCCCUAGCCAUCUUUUCUUUCUUCUGCAUGUUGCUGACUAUCUUGCCAGAUUCCGCCUAUCAUUUCACCCGCUCAGCGAACCGUCGACUACUCUUAUCAAAUUUGCCCGGGUAAUGCCUAUGAUCAUGGACGACCAAAGCUACAACAACAUGGAUGUCGACGAUCUCUUCGGAGAUUCGGAACAGGUCGCCUUGCCUAGCAUAAAUGCCAUCCAUGCGCCACCCGUAAAAGGCCUUGCGAGGAGAUUAGACGAGCUGAGCGCAAGCGGAUGUUGUUCGAAGAUCGCAUGGUCAAAGAAUGGAUGCGUGGCCUACAUCACCCCAGACGGCUACUCGGUCAAUCUGAGGGUGUUCUCACGAGAUGAAUCCACGGGCAAAUGGGACCUGGGAAAGGACACUCCAGUAGAGGUGCCGCACGGACAGGAUGAGUUCCCUUUUGUGCAUAUUUCCUGGAGCCAUCUGGGAAAUGACCUCGCUGUCAUGGAUGCAGCUGGACACGUGAUGGUGUUUUCCUGCGCCAUGGCGCUCGAUCGGAUGACGUUCAUGAGAGCAGACCUCGCUCAGCCAGAUGCUGAGAUGGACGCUGUAGUGGGCAUGCACUGGCUGGCCAUACUCCCAUACGAGCAAAAGAAUCACAUCGCAUGGUCCGCGAACAGAGAGGGAGAGAAGUGGAAAUUCCACAUCACCUCGCAUUCAUUCAACGACAUGCAUCACCCCGCCGAAGGAAAAGCUUCGUUGAUCUACCUCAAGCGGCAUGGCGAUCUCAAGCUACGCUUUCAGCAGCCCGACAGCAGCUGGCAAGAGGUGACUGCUCAGCUAGGGCCGAAGAUCUCGACCAGAGAGACAUUCACGCAUGCCGCCUUUGCCUCGAACAAUGAUAACACCUUGGUGCUGGCAGCGUACGAUGUGUCGGGCCGACUGCGUCUCUAUCAGGUGGACGCGCAUUGGAGCAUUCCACCCCAAAAACAUGGCCAGCAGCCACCGAAACAAUACGAAAAGCCGGAACUGCAGGUGUCUGAGCUCAUGGUAGAAGACAAUUGCUUCCCUGCUAUGAUAAACAGCGAUCUGAACGGUGGCUCGGAGUCAAGAGUUAGAGUGCCAGCUCAACUCACCCACCUCGACUUUUUGCCGGUCACUCCAGAGCAGAACGACGGGUCAUUACCGACAAUCCAGGCUAUCUUCUCCACUCCUCCAAAUGUGGUCUCAGUCGACCAAACGCAUCCCGCCCAGGAUCCCUUCAGCAUUGUCGUAAGAUGGGAAGCGCAGCACAUGCAGCAGAAUCAGCUGCAUACUAGCCUCGACAAAGUUACGUCCAAAAAGAAGAGCAUAAGCUCUGUGCCCGCGCGGGGUGUGUGGCUUUUGAGAAGACAGCCUGAUACCAUGACGCACUCGGUCAUCCUAUCAUUUGUGCCACUAUGGUACCAUAUGCUGCUGGCGUAUUGCUACAGCGACGGAACGAUCGAAUUCCGAAAGCGCUCCACUAUGGCAGUCAUUGCUCCUGACUACAACACCGACACUGUAUCCUCGCUUCCUCAAGCCGGGUUCUCUUUCACAACCUUAGAACCCUCUCUCCACGUCGCCCUAUCCCCCAACUACUGCGUAGCAGCCUGCAUGCAGCAAGAAGGUAGCAUUAAAGUACGCUCUAUGGAAUACACCUAUGGAACGCUCGCCACCGACGACGAUGAUGCCCGCCACUCCGCCGCCAUCGCAGCUCUCAUCCUCCAAACCGCUACCGCCGCAAACCAAUACUUCUGCAGUGACGACAUCUUCUCUACCAUGGGCGAUAUCUCCGAGGCGCGCAAAAGCACCUUCAUCAAACUUAUGUUCGAAGGCCUCAACGUCAACAUCGACUGCGGCAUCGACGACCAGUCCAACAACCACCUCAUACUCCUGGGCCGCUCCCCCUUCUUCGUCAAGACCCUCUCCUCGAUUCACCUCCUCGGCCUCCAUGGAAGCGUCAACAGAUCGCUCACCAGCAAAAUGUCGUGGAUCACCCUGAACAUAAAAUACGUCACCCAGAUCCUCACCACCAUCGCGCGCAUGCACGGCCAGAUCGAGAAAAACCCGCUACGUCCCGAAGUCGUCCCUCAAUUCAUCGGCAUAUGCCGCUGGAUCAUGCACUUCAUGGUGUACAUGAUCGACGAGUUGCUCGCGAUCGGUCACGAAAUCAAGACCUUCGCCGCCCAAAAUCCCAACGGCAUCACGCGCGAAGCUCUCGAAGCGAAAAUACACGAGCUCAACAAACCCGCCCUCCUCGUCCUCCUCUCCUCUUUUCCUAGAAUGAUGAUGAAGCUCUGGGCCCAGCCGAUCCAAUGGGUAAUGCGCACAUCCUUCACCUAUAUCAAUGGGAACCCACCACCCGAAAUGCGCAAACUAUACUAUCCGCUACACCAAGCCCUCAGUGAAACGCCUCUCGACUGGCGGCACUUCGAGCACCUCGUCUCCGAAGCACAGCACCUCGUUCGAAACUGCUACAAGCGCUGCGUCUCUGGCAAACCCGAGGAGCAGGCCGCGCUGCGCAACCUCCACGAGCGCGAACUCGUUCUCGGCCGCAUCCCGGACGUCCUCGUGCCUGCCGCACGCCGCCUCGUAACCGACACUCUGUUCAACGAAAACCAGCAGAACGGAUGCUUGGCCGACAAAGUCGACAUGGCGAAGAUUAUGUUCUUCGACACAACAUGGCUCGGCUUUCAGGAGUCGCGGCGCGCGGCCGAGUGGUUCGACACGCACGUCGUCGACGUGUGCCAGAAGAUGAUUAUACGCGGUACGGGUGCGCAGUCGCAUCCCACGGGUGCUGCGAGUGCGGCGGCGCAGCAGGGGAAUCGGAAUAGGAGUGACAGCAUGCAGAGCUUGAGCAUGGGUAUGGGAGGUGCCGUGGAGGACGGAAAGAAGAGGAAACAGCAACUGAGGAAGUGUGUCAGGUGUGGUGCGUACAUGGAGGAUGUGACGAUGGGAUUGCCAGGCUAUGCGAAUCAUCACGUUUCUUGGUUGAUGGGCGUUGCGAAGCAUUGCGUUUGCGGGAAUAGCUGGAUGCUAGCGCCGGAGAAGAAGAGAGCGAGAUAGGGCAACGUCGAACUGUUAUGGAGAGUUUAUUCAGACAUGCAAGUCAGAGCUGCCAGUUUUUGGCCUAUGAAGCACGUCCAGAUCCGCAGGCGAGAUACCUAGCCCCCAAAA